CUAUCUAUCUAUCUAUCUAUCUGUCUGUCUGUCUAUCUACCUCUCUGUCUAUCUAUUUAUUGUCCAUUACAUUUAAGUGCAAUGAAAUACAUUAAGCGCCAAUUCUAAAGUCGCAACUAAAAACCAAAACAAAAACUAUUGAGAAAGACGAGAAAAACAUAAAGGGGAAGACGAAGAAGACGAAGACAAAGAAGAAGAAGAAGAAGAAGAAGAAGAAGAAGAAGAAGAAGAAGAAGAAGAAGAAGAAGAAGAAGAAGAAGAAGAAGAAGAAGAAGAAGAAAACAACAGACAACUAAAACAAUAAGAUUAACAAGAGUAGCAGCAGCAGUAGUCACAGCAGCAACAUCAGGCACAUUUAUAAAAGCAAAGUGGACUGAAUAUGACACUGUUUUCGCAAAAGAUGAUUGAAAAGUUAUGGAGAAGUAAUUCCCUCGGAACUACCAAAUUUGUGAAAAGACAGGAGGAAUAUGAAGAGAAAUCCGAGAUCAGUUUGUGUGUAAAAUACACACUCUUCUUUGUCAACUUCCUUUCUUGUGCAGUUCUCACAUGUGGCUUUACAGGUUUUGCAAUUCAUAAUUCACUGACAACUGCCAAGCAAUAUCCGUUGGAACGAUAUUGGCAUCUGAACAAAAUACUAUUUGUUCUUGCAAGUAUUACAUUUGUGAUAUCCCUGUUUGGAAUUAUAGGAUCCCUAAGAGAAUACCUCAAGGUUCUGUCUGUGUACAAGUAUUUGGUCGUUAUCACACUGCUUGCUGAAGUAAUAUUUAGCGUUAUUCUCCUGAUCUAUAUUUACGUACCGACUUCACGAUACAACAUUGAGUUUUUUCCAAAGGGAUCUUUCUCAUUGGAUAUGCAGAACUACGGUGAUUUUGAUGGAUUUGCAAUGAACCGGAUUAAUAGUCUGCAGGAAAUGUUUCACUGCUGCGGAUUAUCGGACAAUGACGACGGAUACAUGGAUUGGAGGACAACAGAACAGUUCCGAUGUGAUAAUUCCAAAUCUUGGAAUAACUUGGCUUGCACCGUACCAAAGUCUUGCUGCCGUCACCCCAAGUUAAACAAUGCUUCUUGCGUGGAUGAUGUUCUGAGAAAAAGACCUAUUGAUGUCCAAGACAACAUCUACAUACGAGGCUGUUUACAAGGAUUCCACGAAUGGGUAGAAAUAAAUGGAGUAAACAUAAUUGGCAUCAUGUUUGGUAUUAUUCUUCCAGAGAUUGUGUUGUUGGUGUUAGCAACCACUUUGAUGAAUCAAAUAACAAAGCAACUCGCUAAAUGGGAAGACUCCGACACUGGCAGCAUAACCAGCUGCUGAAUGGACCUCUGAAAAUUUGAAUGACACCAUCAUUCUUGGAGCAAUACUCAUAGACAUUAACUCUUGGAACAACAAUUUGCAGGCAUACGGCAUCCUCAUCUGCGAAAUCUGAAGAAUAUUAAAAAAGAAAAAAAAACCAUUAAAAAAAAACCUAAAACAAACAUUUAAAUGAAUUCUAAUUUUCUAUUGAUUUUAUUGACUUUAAACAAAAGAACAAGCACAGAGAAAAUGUAUUUGAUCACGAGGGACAAGCAUGGUUACAUGUUGAGGAGUUUGCUGUCAAUUAAGUGGGUUUAAGUUCAAUCCCAUUGUGCAGUAUGCUAGGUUGAAUGGGAUGCAUCAAUAAUUCUGAACUGGAAUUUCCUUUUUUAAGUUGGAGAAAGAAAACAAAAACCUAGAAGUAACAGUAGUUAUUGUCUGUCAAAGAAGAUAAAUAUUUAGAAAUUGAAAAUUUCAUUAAAUGAAAUUUACAGGUUG